GCUGGCAUCUCCUUGGCGAUAGCGCAGGAGCGAGCGGCGGACUCUGCGGUGCGACCGUGGACGCAGGCACAGGCAGGCCGAUCCGUCACGGGGCUUCAGCGUGCGAUUUGCGACUUGCUGCAGGAGCGAGACCAGCGCAGCCCUGAAAGCCGAAUGCGAGCCAAGCUUGAGCAGUGGGUGGUCCCACUAUUUCCCCGGCUACGUGCGCAACGUGCCGUGGCGAUGCUGCGGCGACUGACGGCCCUGGUGCCCCCUCGCACGACAGCAGCAGUCAUCCGCACUCUUUGGUCAGGAUGGCGCACCAGCCGCCGAUUUGGCUGCAGAAGGGCUUGCUUGUACUGCGGGAUGGAGGACGGCGGCUCGGUGGAGCACGCUUCAGUAUGCGGUGCCCUGGCACGAUUUGGUGCAAGGUAUCUACGUCUUCCGUACGUCUCGGAGGUUGGGCCGCGGCGUCUCUCUUUCUUGUUGCUGGGGCCGCCGUCGGAGCUCACAGCUAUGCGCUUGACGCUGGGGGCCUCGCUGGUGGCUGCGGCGUACCGCUUGCAUUGCCGCUUUCGCAACCAGCGAGCGGAGCUGCGCGGGGAGGAAGCAGUUCGCCGAGCUUUGGAGCAGGCAGUCAAGGAAGCCGUCCAGGGCAACCACGGCGCCACCACCAUCUUCGACGCAAGGUGGACGUGA